CUACCAUAGGUACGUCCGCAAGAAAUUGAAUACCCAGUAACGUCUCAAACUCACCGCCAGGUCAAUAGAGACCAAGCACCUCAUCGACGGCCAUGACAGCACUCCGCCCUCACAUUUUCGACGCCUUGAUCAUUGGAGCGGGUCCUGCGGGGCUGAAUGCUGCACUUGUAUUUGCACGCACUCGAGGAACAGCACUGGUCUUCGACUCGCAAGAAUACCGUAACGAAGGCAUCAAGCACAUGCACACCGUCGCUUCCAGAGACCACCAGGACCCAUACAGCUUCCGUCGCACGGCACGGGAACAAAUCGAGUCUCGCUACGACACAGUCUGGUUCCAGCACGUCAACAUCACCCACGCGGCCAAGAAGCAAAUCGGAGAAGACAAUUACGAAGGCUUCGAGGUCCGAGACAGCGAUAACAAGACGCACUUCGGGAAAAAGCUAAUCCUCGCAACCGGCUCAAAAGACAUCAUGCCGGAAAUCCACGGCUACAAAGAGAACUGGCCAGAGCACAUCUACCAGUGCCUAGCAUGCGACGGCUUCGAGCAGCGCGGCACGCCCAUCGGCAUCCUCGAGUUCAAACACCCUUCGCAGUCCCAUCUCGUACAGGUGGCCAAGUCUUUCGACGACAGAAUUACCAUCUUCAGCAACGGCACUAUCCCAGAUGACCCACCAGUCCAACAAGGCCUCAAAGUAUCCAAAGCCUUCGGCGCCAAAGUCGACUCCCGCAUCAUCACGCGCCUCAUCAACAACGGACCCUCGCACGAAGACGGCGUGACCAUCGAGUUCGAGACCGGCGAGCCUGUGACGCUAGGCUUUAUCGUUCAUCGUCCGGACACUGUGAACCGGUCACAGCAUCUUAUUGAUCAGUUGGGUAUUGAGACGGUGGAUGCUGCGAUGGGCGGGCAUAUCAAGAUUACGAAUCCGAUGUUCAAUGAGACGAGCGUGAGGGGCGUGUUUGCGGCGGGUGAUACGAUGGUUAUAAUGAAACAGGUGGCGAUUGCGAUGGCGGAGGGACUGAAGGCGGGGGCGGGGGCGGGUAUGCAGAUUGCGCAGGAAAAGGCCGAGAGUGUUGUGAAGGCGUAUGAGGCGAAAGCGGAGGAAGUUCGCAAUGUACCUAUGGUAUCGUAG